AUGGAUAGCUGGAGCGGGAAUUUACGGCUUGAUGAUCAUAACGAGAUACGAGAUAUACACAUAAGCGCGUCUCCGACAAAGCCUCCGAUCCCGAGCGACUGCACCUUGCGAUUUCUUUCACAUGUCGAUACCACGCAAAUACCUUUGCAGUUGAUAUGCGGUCCGCGACUAGACGUUUGGACUGCAGAUAUAGAUACCGAAACAUGGUUUAGCAAUCUACUCCUUAGCAGCAGCGACACAGAAGAUCAAGGCCGGGAAUGGUGGCAGAGUGCUACCUUGGAAUCCCCUCUGGGCAUUCUAGUAGCUGUUCACGUUGCGGAUCCCAGCAACGUAGCACAGCCACGUAUCACAGAAAUCCUCUUCUACGCUGCGAGAAAAGACGUCCAACAAGAUCCUCCCACACCACCACGCGAUGAAGCCUCCUCUGCAAGCCUCCAACUGGGCCUCUACGCCAUCCCUCUAUCCUCAGACCUCCUCCUUUUCAACGAUUCCGACAUUACACCUCCAAUCUCCCCCAUCCCAGGAGCCUCUGAUACUUCAACCACAAACGCCCGCUUCAUCCCCCACCCGUGGGACGAACCCACCGCACGUCAAAAGCGUAAAAUCGCCCUAAACUCCACCUUCAACGCAGCCGCUGAGCGAAAGCACCAUUCUGGCACCUCUGUAGCUGCUGCCGCUGCUUCGACCUCUGCACCAUUUCUGCCGCAUCUGAAGUCAGAAGCAAGCAGAGGAGCUGUACCAAUCCUCACGCGACCGAAAAGCAGAAGUCCCAGUAUAGCCACACUACGCCGUGAACCUACAUUACCAGAACGAAGGGUCUCUGGCCUUUCACGCUCAACUCCUGUCCCUGUGACCACAGUCUCUGCAGAGGACGAAGUACUGGAAAAGAAGAAUAAAGAUAUGGUGUCGAAAGUCGUAUUGGCGGGUCUUCGUGUAUGGGGCUUUACAGCAUCUUCGAAACGCAAGAAACGUGCUUCAACUGCCACCCCUGCUCCGGAGUCUCAAGUCUUGGACCCUCACGAAGAAGCCAAAGAUGAAGAAUACAAAUUACUCUAUCAUCAUGUCUACAAGGCUACUUGUUUUGCUUUUCGCUCUGGGAUGGGGAAACAUGAUCUAGCUGGGAAGGAAUUUGCGGACAAGGUUAGAGAUGUUGUGGAUUCUUUGUUGGGGAUCUUUUGUAAGGAUCCGAUGGAAGUGGAUGGGGGAGACGAUGUUAUGGAUUUGGGUCAGGGGUUCAAGGGUGCUGUUGUGAGGACGCCAAAGGGAGAGUUGGGUGAGGAGGAGAUGGGGGUUGAGAUGAGAAGUAUCAAUUAA